AUGUUACGACCACAAGCCAACAGAGCUCGCGACCUCGUAUCGCUAGAUGGUAUUUGGAAUUUUGCACUCGCCAAAUCUCACGACAUUGAAGGCGAGCAAGCAUGGAAGCAGCGAAUUUCACCAGAGCUUCAAGUGCCUGUUCCCGCCAGUUACAACGACAUAUUUGCUGAUGAAACCAUUCGCGACCACGUCGGUUGGGUCUACUAUCAACGUCAAGUAGUUAUUCCUCGUGGCUGGGUUGCACCACAGCGUCUGUUUCUACGUGUAGAUGCUGCGACCCAUCACGGUAGAGUUUACGUCAACGACAAGUUUGUUGUUGAGCAUAUCGGCGGUUACACCCCGUUCGAGAUUGAACUUACCGGGCUUGUCGAGCCAGGGUCAGAAUUUCGUCUUACAAUUGCUGUCAACAAUCAACUCACCUGGGAGACGAUACCUCCAGGUCGCAUUGAGGUUCAAAGCGAUGGAUCACGGAAACAAAGCUACCAGCACGACUUUUUCAACUACGCUGGAUUAGCCCGCUCUGUCUGGCUUUACUCAGUGCCAGAGGUCUUCAUUAGUGACAUCAGUGUUGUCACCGAUCUGCUUGAAGAUGGUACCGGCGUUGUUGACUUUGACAUCCACACCUCUGGCGAACUGCAAGCUGGCUUAAGCUGGCGCAUCCUGCUCGAUGACGAAGACGACACAACUGUUUGCCGAGCCAAUGAGUCCCGGGGAAAGCUCGAGGUUAAGAACGCUAAAUAUUGGGCACCUGGUGCUGCAUACCUUUAUCAGCUUCGGGCUCAACUCAUACGCGGCGAUCAAGACGAGAUCCUCGAUUCAUACAACCUUUCCGUAGGCAUCCGUUCAGUUGAGGUUAGAGAUGGCCGCUUCCUCAUCAAUAGAAAACCCUUCUAUUUUACCGGCUUCGGCAAACACGAGGACGGACCUGUUCGCGGACGUGGUUAUGACGCAUCUUAUAUGAUACAUGACUAUCGUUUGAUGAAGUGGAUCGGUGCCAACUCAUUCCGAACCUCGCACUAUCCAUAUGCAGAGGAGGUUCUGGAGUAUGCUGAUAGGCAUGGCGUGGUUGUUAUCAACGAAACAGCCGCUGUCGGUCUCAACCUCAACAUUGUGUCGGGCAUGUUUGGCAAUAAGCAACUUGCCACGUUCUCUCCAGAGACAAUGAGUAGCAAGACUCAGGCUUCGCAUGAACAGGCUAUCCGCGAGCUUAUCAGUCGAGAUAAGAAUCAUCCUUGCGUUGUUAUGUGGAUGUUAGCAAAUGAGCCUGGGGCUAGUGAACAGGGAAGCCGGGAAUAUUUUGAGCCUCUUGUCACAUUGGCGCGAUCCCUGGACCGUCAGCAAAGGCCAAUGUGUUAUUCCCACAUGAUUCACUCCAAGCCUGACACAGACCGUAUCGCGGAUUUGUUUGACGUAGUCUGUAUGAACCGCUACUACGGAUGGUAUACACAGACAGGCAACCUCAAAGCCGCAGAAGUUGCCCUUGAAGCUGAGCUACGCAGUUGGCAAGAAGCCUAUGCCUCUAAGCCCAUAAUCAUGACCGAGUACGGCACAGACACAGUUGCAGGUUUACAUACUGUUUGCGAUGUUCCCUGGUCCGAGGAAUAUCAGGUUCGCUUCUUGGAUAUGUAUCAUCAGGUCUUUGACCGCAUUGACAAUAUUGUUGGCGAGCACGUGUGGAACUUUGCUGAUUUCCAGACAUCAGCCAUGAUUAUCAGGGUUGAUGGAAACAAGAAGGGUAUCUUUACUAGGGAUCGUAGGCCCAAGAGCGCAGCCCAUGCUCUCCGUGCUCGGUGGACUGGGCCAGUUGGAGGUCGUAAGAUACAGGCGACCGACUCCCAAGGUUGA